ACCAAUCAGAAUGGUCCACGAAAGUUCAAGGUAUCGGCUGGGAUGCCGCCAGUGCAUCCAGAGAACUUUAUAUGGAAGUAAUAUAGCGCUUCGUGUAGUUCGUGUGUGAUUCACUUGUGACAGAAAAAGUAUAUGGCUGUUAGCGAUGUCCCGAGUCGUUUGUGAAGUCUACAGUAAAAUGUUGGGGCUUUUAGGUUUUCUGCUGCUAGUUUCUGGGGCGAAUUGCUUGUAUUCGUCCAAUUCAGCUGUCAUUGAUCUUAGGCCAAAUAAUUUUGAUAAUUUAGUCUUAAAUAGUGAUCACAUUUGGGUGGUUGAAUUCUACGCGCCAUGGUGUGGACAUUGCCAACAAUUGACACCAGAAUAUGAGAAAGCAGCUAAUGCAUUGAAGGGCAUUGUAAAAGUUGGCGCAGUAAAUGCUGACGAACACAAAUCUCUUGGAGGUAAAUAUGGCGUUCGUGGUUUUCCAACAAUUAAGAUUUUUGGACUCGACAGCAAACCAGAAGACUUCAAUGGCCCAAGAAGUGCAGCUGGUAUUGUUGACGCUGCAUUGAAUGCUGCCAGUAAAAAAGCACGAAGAGCCUUAAGUGGCAAGAAGGCAGACAGUGAUUCCAAGAGUUCAGAUCCCAAAGAUGUAAUAGAAUUAACAGAUGAAAACUUUGACAAAACUGUUUUGAAUUCUGAGGAUAUGUGGCUAGUUGAAUUUUAUGCUCCUUGGUGUGGCCACUGUAAAAAUCUGGCACCUGAGUGGGCAGCAGCGGCUACUCAACUUAAGGGCAAAGUAAAAUUAGGAGCUUUGGAUGCUACAGUAAAUACAUUAAAAGCUAGUAAAUACGAAAUCAAGGGUUACCCUACCAUCAAAUACUUUGCCCCGGGUAAAAAAGAUGCCGAUUCGGUGCAGGAAUAUGACGGUGGUCGCACCAGUGGCGAUAUCGUUAACUGGGCGCUUGAAAAAUUAGCGGAGAAUAUUCCAGCACCAGAAGUGAUUCAAAUUACAUCUGAAAAAAGUCUGAGAAAUGCUUGCGAAGAUAAACCAAUCUGUGUAGUCUCUGUCCUGCCACACAUCCUGGACUGUCAAUCUGACUGUAGAAACGGAUAUUUGAAGAUUCUGAAUGAUCUCGGGGAGAAAUAUAAAAAGAAAAUGUGGGGAUGGGUUUGGUCCGAAGCUGGUGCUCAAUCAAACAUUGAAGAUGCUUUAGAAAUUGGAGGUUUCGGUUAUCCUGCAUUAGCAGCUGUCAAUAUCAAGAAGAUGAAAUAUUCCUUGUUGAAGGGCAGUUUCUCAUAUGAUGGAAUAAAUGAAUUUCUACGAGACUUAAGUUAUGGCAGAGGUGGUACUGCACCAUUAAAAGGUGCUCAAUUGCCUGUUAUUUUCGAAACAGCGGCUUGGGAUGGCAAGGACGCUGAACCUCCACAAGAAGAAGAUAUCGAUCUUAGUGAUGUUGAUCUAGAUGAGAAGGAAGAGCUAUAAUUUAUCGAAAGCCAAAUGGUUAAAUUCUUCUUAAGAGAAUUUACCACAUGUGAAGUACAUAAUUUCUAUAUAAAGCUGAUUAGAAGCAUUAAUCAUGAUCCACAGUAUAAAGCUCACUCGCUCGAGAAAUUUAUUUUGUAUCAGACUUAACAUUUGUAUUUAUAAGAUUCUACAUCAACACAAUGAUUUCUUGAUAAAAACUUAUGGUACAAUGAUAAAAAGCAAUUCCAUUAUUUAAUGAUUUUUGUAAGAACA